ACUAGUCCGGACAGGGACAAGUUGAAGGGAUAUUGCAAUAAAACCUGAAGAUAUGUACCGAAGAGUGAAUGUAAGUGAACCGUACGAGGAGAGCCUGGAGGACAUGGACGACAGAGACAGCAUAUAUCUGGACACAAUCUCUGUGGCGUCCGAGGCGAUUAAUCGUCGAUCUCUGACAUUGUCUCGUCAGACCAUCUACCAUUCAGCUGAGGAUCUCUAUGAGGAGAAUGCAGGCCUCAAUGAAGAAGAUGAAUUUGAUGGUCCAGCGCCAGUGCCGACGACGAAAAUCAGCCCAGCAGCUGCAGCAUUGACUGGCAACAGCCUGACCAAGUACUGUGAUGUUCCGGGGAAAAAUGAUGAGGUUUCUGCACUCCUUAUUAAACAAAAACAGACGAUAACUUAUUCGCAGUGGAAAGCUAGGACUUGGCGACGGUUUCAGGAUGGCGAACGAUCGGUGGAUUUUGUCCUGUCGUACCUGGGAGAUGAUCCAGAUCCAAUCAAUGCUGAGAAGCGUGAGGCCUUCCAGCGGAAUCUCAUGAGUGAGGGUCUGGAUUUGGAGAUUGAGAAGAACCAAAGGAUACAUUUUGUGAAGAUUCACGCACCUGUCGAAGUGCUGUGUCGUUUCUGUGAGAUACUAAAGAUGAAGAUGCCCAUCAAGAAGAUCGAAGGCAGCGAAGAUAUCAUCCAGGAGGAAUUUCAUCUUCUAGACGAAAUGAAGUCAUUCUUCGGGAAACCCUUUGAAUUUGUCAAAUUAGAUCCAAAUCUCUUUCCAGAACGCAAUAACGAACUGCGAGCGGAAUUUUCGCGGGAGAAAAGCUACCUCUUUGAUACAGAUCGGCCGGAUUUUUUCUCACCAGAUGUUAGAAUAGCCGUCGUGAACUUUAUCCUGGAGAGACAGAGAUUUGGUAAUGACAAGGAACAGAGUGUGGGAAUUGAGAAGCUCUUGACAGAUGGAGUCUACUCAAAUGCCUAUCCCCUUCACGAUGGAGACUUGAAAACGCCGGACAGUCAGCGGUAUCUGUUGCUGAAUGAAUGGGCAUCAGUUAAACAGUGGAUCAGGCAUCAGCCUCUGGAUAACAUUCGGGAUUACUUUGGAGCCCGAAUUGCUCUCUAUUUUGCCUGGUUGGGCUUUUACACGCACAUGCUGAUCCCGGCGGCCAUUGUGGGCCUCUUCUGCUUCCUCUAUGGCGUGGCAACGCUCUUCUCCAAUCAAAUCAGCGAGGAUAUCUGCAGUGCAGGAAAGAGCAUCAUCAUGUGUCCCCAGUGCGAUGCGAAAUGUGACUACUGGUACCUUUCCGAAACUUGCCUUUAUUCACGAUUCGCUCAUCUAAUUGACAAUAACAUCACCGUUUUCUUUGCGUGCUUUAUGUCCAUCUGGGCUGUUGUAUAUCUUGAGCUGUGGAAGAGGCAUUCAGCCAAGAUAAUCCACAGAUGGGGUCUGACGGGUUUCUGCCAUCAGGCAGAACAUGCAAGACCUCAGUACCUGGCCAGAUUGCAGAGUGCCAAGAAGAAGAAGUUCAAUGUUGUGACGCAAACACUUGAACCUUCUGUUCCAUUCUGGCAGAAGAAAUUUCCCAUGUACAUCGUCAGUUUUUCCGUGAUUUUUCUCUUUAUAUUUUUGGCCGUUGCGGCAGUUUUUGGUGUGAUUAUCUACCGGAUGUCGACGACAACGACGAGAAAUCUGUACGGAAAUACAGAUUCAAUGUCGUACAAGAUCAUGGUGACACCCGUGACUGCAGCUCUACUGAACUUGGUGGUAAUCACGAUAAUGAACCAUGUGUAUGAUUACCUGGCUGUUUUUCUCACGAAUCUCGAGUACAAACGCACACAAACUGAAUACGAUGAGAGUCUGACACUCAAGAUUUAUCUCUUUCAAUUUGUCAACUACUACUCCUCGAUUUUCUACAUUGCCUUCCUCAAGGGGAAAUUUGUGGGAUAUCCGGCCAAGUACAAUAGGAUAUUUAAGCUGCGCCAGGAGGAAUGUAGUCCAGGAGGGUGUCUCAUGGAGCUGUGUAUUCAGCUCGUGAUCAUUAUGGUGGGCAAACAGGCACUGAAUGCGGUGAUGGAGAUGGCAGUGCCUUUUCUCAUUAAAACCUACAAUACCAUUCGCAACAAAUUCGUGCAGACAACAGAGGAAGAUGAUGGAGAUAAACUCAUUUGCUGCAGCCAGUGGACGGAGGAUUACAAACUUCUGGCAUGGAGCAGCAGGGGACUCUUCGAUGAUUACCUGGAGAUGAUCAUUCAAUACGGUUUCAUUACGAUUUUUGUCGUAGCUUUUCCUCUCGCGCCUCUCUUUGCUCUUCUCAAUAACAUCUUCGAGAUGAGAUUGGAUGCCAAGAAGUUUCUCAAGUUCUACAGACGACCUGUGCCCAAGAGGGUCAAGGACAUUGGGGUUUGGUACAACAUUAUGAACAUUCUAGUGAGGAUUGCAGUUGUUUCAAGCGCCUUCAUCAUUGCCUUCUCGUCCAACUUCAUCCCGCGACUGGUGUAUAUGCUCUCGGUGAAUCCGGAUAAGACGGAUGUCGGCUACCUCAAUCACACGCUGGCCUAUUUUAAUACCAGCGACUUCCAAGAAGGAACUGCUCCACUUCAGACCAAUUUUGUCAAUGUGACGAUGUGCAGAUAUCCGGAGUAUCGGAAUCCACCGUGGGCUGAUCGCCCGUACAAGCGACCCCUCAUUUACUGGCACAUUCUGGCUGCCAGGUUGGCCUUUCUGGUGGUCUUCCAAAAUGUCGUGGGUGCUGUGCAGAUGUUGGUGGCUUGGGCUGUGCCGGAUGAGCCACGACAUCUGCGCGAUCGCAUUAAGCGCGAAGAAUAUCUUACGCGGGAAAUUAUCAUCGAGCAGGAACGCCUCAAAUCAGCCGGCGGGAAGACGCCAGUGGCCACUGUACCAAAUGGAGGGGUCAAAGUUGAAGAUGGUACAGAAGUUCGACAGAGAACGCGGAAAAAUAGUGCAGAUUCAACGUGAGUUCAUCUCUAUUUAUUUAUUUACUUUUUCUUUAGCGAUUCGGGGAGAAUUUAUUCAUGUUCCUUAUUUUCUCGAUGUUUCGUGGUGACUUGUGACUUUUUAUUUUACUUAAUAAUUUAUUUGUGGUUUUUGAAAACCACAAUAAAUGGACAAUUGGAUUUUGCGGCUAAGAUUAAAGAAAAAAAUAAGUAACGUAAAGUAAUGCACUGAAAAAAUUAAAGUCUGAAAGACUAAAUUUUGGUUGAAAAUUUAAAGAAAAAAACAUAUGAAAAGUUUUUAUUUAAUAAAAAACUUUCACUAGAUCUUUUUUUCAAAGAAAUUAGAAUUUUAUUUAAAUUUUUUGAAUAUAUAUUGGGGUUGAGAAGUGCCUUUUGAGGAAGGUUGACUAAAGGAAAUUCUUUUGUUUUUUGUAGUUAGACUAAAAAACAGUCAAAUUGGGCAAAAAGGAAGGGUAUUAAAUAAAAAUUAAAUUAUUUAAUAAAUAACAAAAUAAUAUACCAAACUUAAAAAAAAGAAAUUGGGUAAAAAUGAUAAUAAGAAUCUGGUGCUGUUUAUAACAAAAAAAAAGAAAACUAAAGAUAAAGAAUAACAUUCUUACUCUUGCCAAUUAAGCCGCCUUUUGCUUACAAUAAAACAAAAAAAAAGAAA